GUGAACAGACUGUCGCAUUGACAAAGAUGAAGAAAAUGGCAAACAUUUGAAUCCCAAAGAGCGCCACUUUCUAUUCGCUAUCCGACAAAUCUUCCCUCCUCUUUUGUCCCCUUAACCCUUUUUCCACCUUCUGCUUUGUUUUAACUUGUAACCCUAGAGAGAGAGGACCCUCUACUCUACUUAAACCCUUCCUCUGUUUUCACUUUUCCCUUUAAACCUGCGUUUUUAGUUUCCCUCGAUCAUAUCAAUUUUUUCCAGCUUCUUUUGUUUACCUUCAGAUGGAGGACAUAGAUGAUUCUAACUCCUUUGUUGAAAUCUCCUCAGUUUCAGAACCCAAUGGCUCUUCUACUCCUGUAACUCCAAAGUCUGAUACAAUACCUGUUGCUGCUGCUUUCAACUUUGAUCAUGGAAGUUCUGAUAUUUCUCCCAAUCAUGAUUCUGACGACGACUCUUCUUAUUCUGAGUUAGACUCGGAAACAGAGGCCUUUUACUCAUCUCUUAACCACCACCUGGUCUCACCAGGUGCAAUGGAUGACUUGGUGGCUGCUGAGAAGAAACAUAUGAGUUAUGAGGAACUGAUGAAGAAAUAUGUCCAGUCCGAGGAAGAGCUUAAGACUACAAGUUUGAGGCUCCAAGAAUCUGAACAAGAGAUUGAGAAGCUAAAGGCUGAGGCUGAGAAGAGAGAUUAUGAUGUUUUGCUUUCAGAGAAUUUAUUCGCUGCGCUUGAAAUCGAGAUCGAGAGUAGGGACAAAGCUAUUGAGACUGAGAAAAGCCGAGUUCUCGAGAUGCAAAGACAGGUUGUUGAUUUGGAAACUAAGCUCUCAGACUCAAGUUUCAAGUUCGAUAAUCUGGUGAAGGAGCUUGAGGUGAGUAGAGAAUGUUUAUAUGUUUCAGAGGCUGAGAUCUCAAAGCUAAGGGCAAUGUUGUGUGUUUGUCAGCAAAGUUUCUCUACUGAGAAAACAAAACUGCAGAGUGAUAUUGCUGGUUUGUUAGCCAAUCAGGCUUUCUUCGAAGGUCGUGUUAAAGAACUCCAAACACGCAGUGAGGUAUUGGAAAAUCAGAUUUGGCAUUCUGACGCAGAGAAGAUGGAUAUGCAGAGGAAAGAAGUUGAGUUGCAAGGUGAAAUCAAUGCAUUGAAGACAGAGUUGGCCUCUCGAGGUGAGCAUAUCGAAGCAUUGAACAAGGAUGCCGACGAGCACAAGCUGAGAUAUGACAUGUUGGUGGCAGAGAAAGAUGAAGUCUGUGCUGAAGUAGACAAUUUAAAAGCAGUGAUGAGAACCAGAGACAUCCAGAUUCAGCAAAUGGAAGAGCAACUUAGCCAGCUGCGCUUUAAGCUUGUAUCUGAAUCAAGAAUUGGCAAGAACACUGUGGAGGAGGAACUGAGACUGAGAGCUACGGUUAAACAACUAGAGAAGCAAGCAGAGUUGCAGAGGAAUGUCAAGAACACUGUGGAGGAGAAUCUGAGAGCUACGGUUAAAGAACUAGGGAAGCAAGCAGAUCAGUUGCAGAGGAAUGUCAAGAACACUGUGGAGGAACUGAGAGCUAAGGUUAAAGAACUGGAGAAGCAAGCAGAGUUGCAGAGGAAUGCGAUAUCAGAAGCAAAGGAAGAGAAACGAGAAGCGAUAAGGCAGCUUUGUUUCACUCUGGAUCACUACAAAAGCGGAUAUAGACAGAUUCUGAGGUUUCUUUCGGGCAAUAAUAACAAGGAACAACAAACAACCAUGGUCGUGUGAGUUGGAGUUGGAGUGAAUCCUCUUCUCUAUACUAAUUAGUUUACUCGUUGCAGUCUUAUUUCUUUCUUUUGUCUCAUCAUGUUUUAAGUCGUUCUGUGUUAUGGUCGUCCUUCUCAGACAUCAAUAAAUCUUCAAAUUCUUUUAA